AUGGCCACCAUCACCGCUGUGCACGCUAGGCAGAUCUUCGAUAGCCGCGGCAACCCCACCGUUGAGGUCGACGUUACCACCGAGAAGGGCCUGUUCCGCGCUGCCGUGCCCUCUGGUGCCUCCACUGGCAUCUACGAGGCCAUCGAGCUCAGGGAUGGCGACAAGUCCAAGUGGCUCGGCAAGGGUGUCACCAAGGCCGUCUCGAACGUCAACGAGGUGAUCGCCCCCAAGAUCAUCGGCAAGGACGUCACCAAGCAGGAGGAGCUCGACAACCUGCUGCUCGAGAUCGACGGCACCGAGAACAAGGGCAACCUCGGAGCCAACGCCAUCCUCGGCGUGUCGAUGGCCGUGUGCAAGGCCGGCGCUGCCGUUAAGGGCGUGCCUCUGUACCGCCACAUCGCCGACCUGGCCGGCAAGAAGGAGGCCGUCACGCUGCCCGUGCCCGCCUUCAACAUCAUCAACGGCGGCUCGCACGCCGGCAACAAGCUGGCCAUGCAGGAGUUCAUGAUCCUCCCCGUCGGCGCCUCGUCCUUCACCGAGGCCAUGCGCAUGGGCGUCGAGGUGUACCACAACCUCAAGAACGUCAUCAAGGAGAAGUACGGCCAGGACGCCACCAACGUCGGCGACGAGGGCGGCUUCGCCCCCAACAUUCAGGGUAACGACGAGGGUCUCGAGCUCUGCAAGGUCGCCAUUGAGAGGGCUGGCUACACCGGCAAGGUCAAGCUCGGCAUGGACGUGGCCGCCUCUGAGUUCUACAAGGAGGGCAAGUACGACCUCGACUUCAAGAACCCCUCCAGCGACGCCAGCCAGCACAAGACCGGCGCUGAGCUCGCCGAGCUGUACGCCUCGUUCACGCGCAACUACCCCGUCAUCUCCAUCGAGGAUCCCUUCGACCAGGACGAUUGGGAGUCCUACACCACGCUCACCGAGGCUCUCGGCAAGGAUGUGCAAAUCGUGGGUGACGAUCUCCUGGUGACGAACCCCAAGCGCAUUGAGACCGCUCUGGAGAAGAAGGCCUGCAACGCGCUUCUCCUCAAGGUCAACCAGAUCGGUUCCGUCACGGAGGCCAUCAAGGCGUGCCUGGUCUCGCAGGCCGCCGGUUGGGGCGUGAUGGUGUCGCACAGGAGCGGUGAGACCGAGGACACCUUCAUCGCUGACCUCGUGGUCGGCCUCGGCACCGGCCAGAUCAAGACCGGCGCCCCGUGCAGGUCCGAGAGGCUCGCCAAGUACAACCAGCUCCUCAGGAUCGAGGAGGAGCUCGGCGCCUCCGCCAAGUACGCCGGCGAGGGCUUCAGGAACCCCCAGUAG